AUGGCUGCAGAAAGUGGCAACUAUUAUUUUGACGACAUGUACAGGUGUUCUAAAAAGCAAGUGCAGAUCUUGCGUUUGAAGCAAGCCAUACAGUGCCAGAACUUGCCUUUAGUGAAAGUGCUACUGAAAAAAAUAGGCAGAGUAACCAUCAGAGAUUUUCGUGAUGAUUACAUCAGUGUUACAUUUUUACAUCACGCUGCAAAAAGCGGCAAUUGUGCAAUAAAUCGACGCCUCGUCCUAGCCGGCUGCCGAAUCAACGAGGCUGAUGAAAACGGCGAGACGGCCUUAGUCUGGGCCAUCAGAUAUCAGAACUUCAAAUUGGCGGAACAACUAAUUAAAUAUGGUGCUGACGUAAACGUAAAGAAUAACGACGGACUGACCGCCUUGAUGUUUGCUGUGACCAACGCGUAUCCUUACGAUGAUAACGUGGUCGUACUCAGACAUUUUCUUCACGAUACGGUGGAACGCCGUUAUUGCAUCGAGUCGAGGAAUUUUGCCUUGAAAGCAAGGGACAACGAAGUGCUUCAGAACCGGCGACGAAAGAACGAGACUUCCCACAGUGCCAUGAGAAUCAGUCUCGCGAAGAUGCUGCUUUUCGCCGGGGCUGAUGUAAACCACAAGGACAACAACGGCUGCUCACCGAUCCAGUGUGCGAUCUACACAUCCGACCUGAAGCUGCUUAAAUUUCUCAUCAGUGCUGGUGCUGUCAUCGAGAGCCAAAACAGUCUUGGCGUCACAGCGUUACACGACGCAGUCUUGAACUGCAACAAAGCGACGGUUCAACUGCUACUGAGUCAUGGCGGCCCAUCUCUAUCGACGUGCCUCAACAUCAAGACGCUCGAAGGCAACACGCCUUUGCACUGGGCCGCGUUGUUUAACAAAAAUUAUAGCCACGCUGAUAUAAUAAAUUUGCUAUUAGAGUAUCCGGUCGAUUUGAACAGCCCAAACGUAAGAAGCCAGACGCCCUUUCAUUUCAUCGCCAUGAACGCUGGCAUAAGUUUGGCGAUGGAUUUCAUUAUGCGCCACGCGGACCUCCAGCUGGAGGAUCAUAUCGGAAUGAACGCUCUCCAUUACGCGAUGCACAACGAGGACAAGCGCGUCUUUAACAGGAUAUUAGAGAUGGAGAGCGGAAUUCCUCUCGAGCACAAGUGCGACGAACGUGGCCGAACGGUCCUCCAUUUUGCAAGUCAAUUUUGCAGCACGGAGUAUAUACGCUAUUUCGUUGACAGGGGUGCUGACGUCAACGCGAAGGACAUCGUCAGCGGAGCGACGCCGUUGUAUCUGUGCAUAAACCAUCCGCUUCCUCGACAAGGUUUAGACCCGAUGGAGAAUCGCAAAGAGUCAAUAAGUUUGCUACUCGAAUACGGCACCGACGUCAACAUCAGGAUUCGCGACGACCACGGAGACGAGACGACCAUCAUUCAGAAGGCGAUCGAACUAAGGAACAUUGAGAUAAUCUGCUCGAUCCUUGAGUUCGUGGCGAUAACCGAAGCGAAGAAGAAUAAACCGGUUUUAGACGAUUAUAACCGGGCAGUGCUCAACGAUAGCCCGGAUAUUAAGGGCUAUUACGAAAAGUGCCGGGUCGAGCUUGAGGGAAUGAAAAAUCGCUGGGUUGACGAAACGUCGCGUACGUAUUUCCACAUGUUAACCGAGUCAGUGGAGGUACUAGCUCGGUUCGUGAGAAAUAAGGCAGCUGCCAAAGAGUUACGAAAUAGCGAUUACCCGUUCGCAUAUCCAAUUUAUAGAUUGCAAUUAAGGGCAAAAAUUGAAGCAGCUUUGUCUAAACAAAAGUCGUUCGAAACCGCCUGCGAUAUAUUAAUGAAAACGUGGCCAUUCAGUGAGACGGACUAUUUUGUGUGUGAAGCAACGUGCGAGCAUUUAAGUGACACGGAUAUAAAGUUUCUUAUUGAUAGCGGAUCGUGCAAUAAAAGUGUUAACUAA